CAGCUCUAUAUUACGACAGCUCCACCUGUUCAUAAUAUAUCACUUGUGACAGGUUUCCGCCCUGUUUCAGUUCGAACAAACUAGGUGAUCCUUACUGACAUUCUAUCGUACCGUGUCUCCACUCAACCAUGACAAUGAACCCGACUGCCUGGAGACUCCAGGCAUACUCUCCUGAUCAAGUGUUUGAAUGACAAUUUUCUUUGGAUUGUUCUAAUUCGACAGCAAACUGGAUUAUUUACUAACGUCUCCCUUUUGAUGUACACUGAGCCACAUUCAAGAUAUUUACGUUUCCAUGGCGCUCGGCGAUAGCGCUUUUUUGGUAUUGAGGUCAAGGACGAAUACUUACUCUCCUGUUAAGAAAAGUACAAAACUGGGUGAAUAUGGCGGCUGUGUAUUUUGAUGUACUGUGGAAGGACAACGUUGUACAGGCCACACAGUUGUAACACACGCAAUACCUGCAUCAACACAAGCACCUUUCAACAAACGUGCGUCAUCGCCGUGGACGAUUGUGGGUGACAGUCGGCGAUGGAGUCGCCUACAGCGGAGGACAGUGAGCAGCUGUCAGACAGCGCGAUGUGUGGCGACCCGACGGUGUCCUCUAUGGCUGGGAGUAAGAAGGACAAGACUUGCCUGGUAUGCGGUGAUCGCGCUCUUGGCUACAACUUCAAUGCCAUUUCUUGCGAGUCCUGCAAAGCUUUCUUCCGGAGGAAUGCACACAAGACAAUCCGGGGCCGCUGUGAGGGCAAGUGUGACGUCAACAUUGAGUCACGGUCAUUCUGUAAGCGCUGUCGUCUGGCCAAGUGCUACACUGUUGGCAUGAGGAAGGACAUGAUUCUGAGUGACGAACAGAAGAAAAUGAGGAAGACCAAGAUCAUCAUGAACAAACUGCGUCGCCAGGGUCAGAUGGCGCCGGAGGACACAUACUCAGCAUCAGAAAGUGACCUUACUGGGUCGCCACGGGGGGUGGUCACCCGAGCAGACAGCUGGCCGGAGUCUUCCAAAGACUUUGAGAAGUAUCGGAAGCUAAAGCUGGAGGAUAGUCCCGGAGCCUGCUCCCACAGCAGCGGUCAGGAUGAGCGGGUCAUCAAAUAUCCUCCAUGGCUGGAGUGUGCUGAAGUGGUCAGUGGCGUCAUUCAGCAGCUGAAGGAUGAUGACAGGAAGCUGAUGCAGGAGCUGAUGACGGCUCACGAGAACAGCCAGUUUCUGUCUGGAACCACCACCAGUCUCAAACUCAUUCCUUCAAAUCCCACAGAGUUUGUGAAUGUAGCUGAAGGCUUUGUAAGACGGGUAAUCAAGGUUGCAAAAAAUAUUGCCUUCUUUAAGGAACUUUGUAAAGAUGAUCAGAUUGCAUUGUUGAAGGGGUCCGUCGUAGAUAUCAUGAUGUUGCGGUCGGCAGUGAAUUAUGAUCCCUACACAGAGUCCUGGAGUCUGAGCACAAUGAACUGCCUCAUCCAGGGCAGUACCAGCGACAACAUCGGCGAACGCAUCAGCGCUGAGGUCCUCAAGAUGGGCAGCUCGGAGUCAGCUAGCCUCUUCUUCACAUAUUCCAAGUUCAUCAAAUCUUUGAUGAGCACCAUCCAUGGUGACCUGAUUGUGUUGAAGAUCCUCAUCAUCAUGUCGCUGUUCUCAGCUGACCGCGGGUCCCUGGUCAACCAGGAACAGGUGCACGGAUUUCAGGAACAGUACGCUCACAUCCUGCAACAAUACAUCCUUCUGAGGUUCCCUGAAGAGAAGACGCUGUUUGCACGGGUUGUCAUGAAGCUCACUGACCUGCGGAACAUCAAUGAAGUUCACACAAAAAUGUUGCUUAAGAUGAAAGUAGAAGACAUAGAACCUCUUCUUCUGGAGAUAUUUGAUCUGCCCUUGUGAUGGGUGUACCUCUGAGGGGCAGAAGCAUAUUUAACUAGUUCUGAAGGUCUGCCCUUGUGCUGGGGAGAAAGGAACUAAAGCAUGUGUGAGUCAGGGAUAGUGACCAAAGUCACAGAUGUGGGGCGGGGUCCAGGGAAGGGGGAGGCUGGACCAGGUGCCGAUGUGUUGUGAUGCUAUUGGAUAUCAUGUACAAACUGCAGGAUUACUCCCGCUGCUGGCAGGGGCAUCUCCACAGGCCGCUCCAGUGUAGAUGCAGGGGCAGUGAGGACGUAUUGUUGUACAUUCUAGAUGACAACAUAAUGAUACAUAACGGCCCAGUCUGCCUUUCCGUAAUACAUGCUCAAGCUCAUCUUGCCUGGAGAACACCUGAGAUUGUAUAUCUGCAUAAAGUGUAUAUCAUAUUGAUGUUAGACAUCAGAUGGGAUAUCUACAUUUGAAUGUAUAUAUCUUGCAAGUCAGAUGACACGUGAGAUGAGAGUGUACAUAAGUAGGAUGGUCCGGUGUAUCUGCCUCAUUUUGACAUACAAUAAUAAUCCGUCGAUUGUGAAAGUA